AGACCUGGACUUCUUAAAAUGUGUUGUUUUGAUUUGCUGAAUGAAUUGCAGUUCAUUUUGGAUCUCGCAGUAUUUCUUCUGCAUCUGGACUAGGAGUCGAAAUUCGAAAGAAAAGAGCCUAAGUUUGAACGGAAACAGGACGACUGUGGUAGUUCGGUGAGGAUUCCCGCAGCCACCUGGGGCCGCAGACCUGCGAACGCAGCACCUGCAGUCACACCGGACGACGCGCAGCGUUCAUCUCCGGGAAGACGUCCUGCCUUAAACUACCGCGAAAGGGAGGGAAGAGCGGAAGCAUGUCCAACCCGGAGAAGCGGAUCUUAUCCCGCCCCUCGGCCCCCCUGGCUGCAGCACCCGGGGAAAAGCCCGGCUCCGGCAGCCACCCGCUCCACUCCCAUGGCCAGAGCGGCGGAGGUGGAGGCAGCGGCGGGUCUCCUCCUCCUCCCCCCGCUCCUGGAGGCGGCUCGGCUGCCUGCAGCUCCCUCUCUCUCCUUCUAACAACCACCAUCAGCAGCAGGAGCCGCGCUGCAGGGACAGCCUCCUCCGCCGCCUCCGCCAGCAUCGUCCCCAGAGCGGCAGCGGCUCCUUUCCUUGCUCCAAUCCCCUCCUUUUCCUCCGCUUCUCCAUCUUCUUUUUACUUCUUGCCGCCGCCUCCUCGUUUCCCCUCCUCGUCUUCCUUUAACCUCACAAGUCUCCAAGGGAGGGAAGGAGGAGGAGAGGCAGCGAGAGCGGCAGGAGGAGGAGGAGGAAGAGAUGUUGGCGGAGCAGCAGCAGCAGCUCACUUGAUCGCCCAUCCAGGCGGCAGCGGCAGGAGGAGACUCUUCUGUUCUUCAUCCAUCCAGGGCUUGCUGCUCCGUUCCGCAGCCGGCGGCCCCCGGCAGCACCACUCCCGGCUCCUCCUCUCCCCAGCCGCCUCUCGCCCGUGGUCCUGCAAUUCCCUCGGUGCUGCAGCGGCAGCAGCCCGCGGCGACGGGAUCCGAGGAGGCGACGGCCCCGGCGGGAGCAGGACUCCUAGGCGGCAGCAGCGGCAGACAGGCGCCUUCUUCUCCUUCUCGUCUCCCCUGCUCCUAGGGCCAGACAUGGAAGAUGGAUCUAAUUCUGCAAGCUGCUUUAGGAGGUUUACGGACUGUUUCUUGAACACAAGUUUAACAGAUGAAAAAGUGAAGGCCUAUCUUUCUCUUCACCCCCAGGUACUGGAUGAGUUUGUGUCGGAAAGUGUAAGUGCAGAAACUGUGGAAAAAUGGCUAAAAAGGAAAAAUAACAGACAGGAAGAUGAAUCGACUCCUAAAGAAGUCAGCAGGUACCAGGAUACAAAUAUGCAAGGUGUAGUGUACGAGUUGAACAGCUACAUAGAACAGCGUCUGGAUACAGGAGGAGAUAACCAGCUACUGCUGUAUGAACUGAGCAGCAUCAUUAAAAUAGCUACGAAAGCUGAUGGAUUUGCACUAUAUUUCCUGGGAGAAUGCAAUAAUAGUCUGUGUGUAUUUACACCACCGGGAGCUAAAGAAGGACAACCACGGCUCAUUCCUGCAGGACCCAUUGCACAUGGCACUACAGUAUCUGCUUAUGUAGCCAGAUCCAGAAAAACGUUAUUAGUAGAAGAUAUUCUGGGGGAUGAGCGAUUUCCCAAAGGUACUGGACUGGAAUCAGGGACUCGUAUCCAAUCUGUUCUGUGUUUGCCAAUUGUCACUGCAAUUGGUGAUCUGAUUGGUAUCCUGGAGCUUUACCGGCACUGGGGCAAAGAAGCCUUCCACCUUAGUCACCAAGAGGUUGCAACAGCAAAUCUUGCAUGGGCUUCAGUAGCAAUACAUCAAGUACAAGUGUGCCGGGGCCUUGCCAAGCAGACUGAACUGAAUGACUUCUUGCUUGAUGUAUCAAAAACGUAUUUUGAUAACAUAGUUGCAAUAGAUUCUCUACUUGAACAUAUAAUGAUAUAUGCAAAAAACCUGGUGAAUGCAGAUAGGUGUGCACUCUUCCAGGUUGACCACAAAAAUAAGGAGCUGUAUUCAGACCUUUUUGAUAUUGGAGAAGAAAAUGAUGGGAAACCUGUCUUCAAGAAGACCAAAGAAAUAAGAUUUUCUAUAGAAAAAGGAAUAGCUGGUCAAGUGGCAAGAACAGGAGAAGUCCUUAACAUCCCUGAUGCCUAUGCAGAUCCACGCUUUAACAGAGAAGUAGACCUCUACACAGGCUACACAACCAGAAAUAUCCUGUGCAUGCCUAUUGUAAGCCGAGGAAGUGUAAUAGGUGUUGUGCAGAUGGUCAACAAAAUAAGUGGAAGUGCCUUCUCUAAAACUGAUGAGAACAACUUUAAAAUGUUUGCAGUCUUUUGCGCUUUAGCCUUACACUGUGCUAACAUGUACCACAGAAUUCGCCAUUCAGAGUGUAUUUACCGUGUAACGAUGGAGAAGCUAUCCUACCACAGUGUGUGUACAGCAGAAGAGUGGCAAAACCUAAUGCACUGUACACUGCCUCCGCAUAUUUAUAAAGAAAUUGAACUAUACCACUUUGAUAUCAGUCCGUAUGAGGAUGUCUGGCCUGCCAUUUUUGUCUACAUGGUUCACCAGUCCUGUGGGACAGCCUGCUUUGAACUUGAAAAGCUAUGCCGAUUUACUAUGUCUGUAAAGAAGAAUUAUCGCCGUGUGCCCUACCACAACUGGAAGCAUGCAGUUACCGUUGCACACUGCAUGUAUGCCAUACUUCAGAACAACCAGGGGCUUUUCACUGAUCUAGAGCGAAAAGGUCUUUUAGUUGCAUGCCUGUGUCAUGACCUGGAUCACAGGGGUUACAGCAACAGCUAUCUUCAGAAAUUUGAUCACCCCUUAGCUGCUCUCUAUUCCACGUCAACAAUGGAACAGCACCACUUCUCACAGACUGUGUCCAUCUUGCAGCUGGAAGGGCACAAUGUCUUCUCCAAUCUGAGCUCCAGCGAAUAUGAGCAAGUACUUGAGAUCAUCCGGAAAGCCAUCAUUGCCACAGACCUUGCCCUGUAUUUUGGAAAUAGAAAACAGCUUGAAGAGCUGCAUCAGACGGGAGCAUUAAACCUUAAGAACCAAGCACAUAGAGAUAGAGUGAUUGGCCUGAUGAUGACGGCUUGUGAUUUGUGUUCUGUAACAAAGUUGUGGCCAGUUACCAGACUGACGGCCAAUGAUAUAUAUGCGGAGUUCUGGGCUGAGGGUGAUGAAAUGAAGAAAACUGGUAUUCAACCUAUUCCUAUGAUGGACAGAGACAAGAAAGAUGAAGUCCCUCAGGGUCAGAUUGGAUUCUACAAUGCUGUAGCCAUCCCAUGUUACACCACACUUGCACAGAUCUUUCCUCCAACUGGGCCACUACUCCGAGCAUGCAGGGACAAUCUCAACCAAUGGGAGAAAGUAACAAGAGGUGAGGAAGCCUCUAUAUGGAUUCCCUCCCAGUCCCUUGCUCCUGGGACCUCAGAUUCACUUCCUGUGAAGAUCGAUGACUGAACAGCAGCAACAGAUUGCUUUAACAGGAAAAGCACCCCUUCUUGGUUUGAGGGUUGUUUUUUGUUUUGUUUCGUUUUUAUUUGGGAAAAAAAAAAAGGAAAAAGAAAAGCUACAAAAUGCUGACUAAGAAACAGAUCUGCCUAGGAAGGUAACACCCAUGGAGUUACCUCAGCUAAAUGACUCUGGCAGCCAAUCUCCUGACCUACACCAGUGACACAACGUGAACAGAGGGAAAACGGCAACCCAGAUGUUUUGGAAUCAGCUAUCAAAAGAGAACUUACAACUUGUGAAUAUAAAAGACUGGCCUUAUCUCAUGGGCUACAUUGCUGAGGCCUUAAUUUAAAACUGAUGGGGGGGAAAACAAAAAAUCUUAGGGGGUACUUCUAAAUUGUAUCUUUCUAGUAAGGGUUUCAAUGGUACUUUUAUUAUACCGUACUGUGGCUGGCUUUAACACCAGUGUCACUUGGGAGUUCUUGGCUAUAAAUAGAACAAUAUACCCAUUGCUAUUGUGAAUGUUUAUGUGUGAUCUACUUGUAAUCAGUUUGAACUCCAGCAGAAUCCUUGGAGACUAUAAUUCAUGCUUAGGUUACAGUGAAUUCUCUUGCUGCAAACUAAAGGAAAACCAACAUUCAGGUUAAAGUUUUAAAGUACUUCAUUAAGCAUCAUGAUGCAAAUUGUCUGUCACUCACAAGGCAAAUGUUGAAAGAACUAGUGAUGGUGCUUUGUUCUUCAGAAUGAUUUAUAAACCUAGACAACUCCUCCCUUAAAACACUGGAAGUACUGGAUAUUUUUCUCUGAUAUGAGAGAGUUUCAGGUUGGAGGUUUUGUAUCCAUAAUGACAGAAGUAUCAGAUUAAAAUUUAAAUGUGACAGCAAAGAUUUCCUUGCCUAGCUCACAAUUAAGUAAAGUAAUCAUCUUUAUUUCUACCUGCUGAGUUGUAUUUUAAACGGUAUUAGAGACAUACCUGAAGUAUGCUAUCUGCUGGGAACAAAAGCCUUGUCAGAAAAGUCAGGUCUGAUAAGAGAGAUUCUGGUACCAUCACAAUAAAUCAAAAAUGUUUUUGUAUUGACUAGCUUUUGUGUUGCACAGUAACACUGCAUGUCUUCUACUGCUCUCUUCCCCCAUCCCAAGAUGAGUGAAACUAGGAAACUUCUCCAUUUGUCUGUUUGCUUUCCCCCCGCCCCAUUUCAGCAAAAUUUCCAGGCUUAGAACUGCCUUUCUCAAUGAAAAAUAGCUGACUGAAGAAAAGUACUCUAAAAUAUUGUGUUUACAGUUCUGUGCUGACUUAGGCUUCAGCCUUACAAACUUAUGCACAGACUUUAAGACCUUACAUUUAAUGCUACUCUUUUAAAUUUAGUGCAAUUGUACAGAGUAUGUUUCAACAACACUUAAUUUGCCUUCAUCUUUCUCUUAAAAAUAAUGAGAAAAAAAGCUUCAUAUUGAUCCACACAGUAGGUGAAAACACAGGCUUUGCAUACCUUUCACAUACAGCCUACACCGCAUUAUAUGCUCUUUCACAGAUAGUACACUCUUGUAGUAGUAAUUCUGUGAUCACAUGUUCAUUUGUGUAACUGCAACAAAUAAUAGUAGUGACACGGGUUCUCUUUUUCCAUCUCAUGUCUGUUGAACUGUAUUGCUCUAAUAAGCAUGCCUUCUUAUGGGUUUCACGUAAAUGACUUUGACUCCUGAGUCUUGCCUUCUGUUAUGGUUGAGCACAUACCAGUGUCUGUACGUGUGUACAGUAUGUGAUACAUAAUCGCAUAAUGUAUAAAUGCACCUAAGCCUUUGCAGUACAUGGAUAUCCCAGAGGCUGAGAAUUCAAUAUGAAGUUAUCUUACUUGUAUGAUACAGGUUACCUAGCAGCAGCCGCCCCAUGAUUUUUUUUCAGUUUGCUUUGCCAAUUCUACGUGCAGAAAUUCAUUGUUAACCACAGCAAACUAUUUUGGAAUAAUAAUUUAAAAAAAUGGCAGGAAACAAUUAUGCUAAAGUAGAACAAAUAGGUUCUCAUGCUGUGUCCUCUGCUUUACUCCUUAGCAGUUCUGUUUUAACCGAAUCUUGUAGAUGUGACUUUCAUCUGUUAAGUACUUGAGACACAAUCCACGGUUCCCAAUAUUUACAUGAAGAUUAUCCAAAUCUGUGGUGACUACAAAAAUACUCUCUGAAAUUCAGAUAUCCCAACAACUGGAUGGAACAUUUUUCCUUCAUGGGUUAAGUAUAUUUGCUGUUGUUCUCCCUCUUUGAAUGCUGAUCUUACAAGCAUUGCAAAAAAGAUCCCUUAUCACAUUGUGUCUGUGUUAUGGAAAGCUUUUAAUUCAUAUUGUACUCAUUGACAGUAAAGAAAACUUCACUAGUUCUGUCACUUACCAUUCAAAAUAUUUGGCAGUAUCCCAUAAUAUUUUAUAUUUCGAAGUUUAUAAGUACUGAUACAGAACAUGUUUCCCUAACAAGUAUAUAAAAUUAUUAAUGUCUCAAGUCAAUCAGGUAUUGUUUCUAAUAUAGAACUAUCCAAACCACAUUAAAUAUGUUUGCUGUAGGAUAAUGUUCAUUAGAGUUAAAAAUUUUAGCUCCGGUGGUUGUGGUUUGGUUUUGUAAAAGGAAAAAGAUCAUGACAAAAAUGUUACUCUCUGUUAGCACCUAGACCAACACAAAUAGCUGCAAUGGGCUGUAUUUUCUAAGCAAACGUAGUCUGUCUUACCAUUUACAAGGAGUGCAGAUUCAGAUGUGUAAAUUUUUUUUGUAGAAACAAAUUUAUACCCACACUUCCAAAGUCAAAACCACCAAAAAUUAAAACUUCAAAGCUGCAUUUGAAUUUCAUGGCUCAAGUACGUGUUGAGAUUUCAUUGUUCAAAAUUCUGGACUUGGACUCCCAAAUAGAGCAGUAAGACAUCUAGAUCUGUAAGACAUCUGGCUCAUUAAGUUAAACUGCCAAAAGGCAUUCUUGCUUGCAUUUUUAUCCUGCUAAAACUGAUCUUGCCCAAGAUUAAUAAGAAUGUAUAAAACCCCUAACAGAUCUCUCCUUUCCUAGCAGUGUUAGACUUUAUACUCCCACGACUGCAUUAUUUUUGUUAAUAAUUCCAAUUGCUUUUCCCUUCUAAACCUGGUAAAGGUAAAAGGACUGUUUGAAGCCGUAUCUGAGCAUUUCUAAAGUAUUAUGACAUGGUGUCUGAAAGAUAUGCAUUAAGUGAGGAAAAAGAGGUGUCAUAGCAUGAUAGUCAUCUGAGAUGUUGCAUAUUUUAUUACAGCACUGACAGAAACUCCACUGUUAUAAUUAAUCUAUGAAUUUUGUACAGUAGUACAACAUUCUGCUGUAACGGUUCAACUCAUGGCAGUAUUUUUUUUUUAAUAAGUCACCAUUAGAGAAAUGCAAUAGGGAUUUUUAGUUGGAGUAUAUGAUAAGACAUAUUUUCAUGGGAGGGGACAUGCAGUGUGGAAUUCAUCUUUUUAUGUGGCACAGAGUUCUUUCAUGUGUAUAAACUUAGAACAGUGUGAUCAGUUUGCUGUGACUGCAUUUAGAGCAUUCAGUGUUUAAAAAAUUGUAGGGAUAGCGAAUAGCACUAUUCGUGUUAAAAAGUAGAGAUCGUUAGAUGCUCAAAACAAUUAUGACCCUCUUGAAGUAAUGCAUUUGCCUCAAACACUGUGAUAUAGGAAACAGUUCUGUGAAGCGGAACAAUUAAUUUGUUCAUUCUAAACACAGAAAAGGCUUUCUGCACACUACUACAAGGAAGUUCAUGUUCAAACUUUAGGUUAUAUAUCCCAAUCUAGCAAAGGCACAUCAUAACUCUUGUUUUGCUUUCUGACCAAAAACUGUGCUCGAUUGUAAUACGGGUGUAUACUCUGUCAAAAAACCUAAAAUAGCGGACUGCUUUCUAGGGUAGAUCAAACUGAUUUGUAGAGUAGAUUCAUAUAUAUUCAAAAUUCAGGUUGGGCUGUUAUGUGAAGAAGAAAGAACUUCAAGGUAACAACAUUCAACUUUACUACAUUUAGUGAGCUGAAAAAUUUGUUUUAUAUAUAUAUAUAUUUACACACACAUAUAUAUAUAUAUGAUACAUAUAAACUAUCUUUGUAAAAAAAAACAAAAUAUGCAAGUGCAAUAAUUUAAAGAGGUCUUAACUUUGCAUUUAUAAAUUAUAAAUACUGUACAUGGUGUGUAAUUUUUUUCAUGUAUUCAUUUGCAGUCUUUGUAUUUAAAAAACAAACCUAAACCUUUACUAUUACGUUUGUACAAUAGAACAGUAAGCGUUUAUUAUGAUAUAGUUAAGUUGUAAAUAAAUUCACAAACCAAACAGCCAGUACAUAUGCAUAUAUGGGUGUCCUAUUGUGAAACCUGUUUUUGCUUUUACUGCUGGCUUUAGCACAGCAAGACUACUUCUGUGGAUAUGUAAUUAUACAUAUAAAUAUAUGUAUGAUACAUAAAAUAUAUUUAGAAAUGUUCAUAAUUUUAAUGGAUAUAUCUAUACAUAUACUUUGGUGUGAAUAUUACUGAAUACAGAGUUUUUUAAUAUUAUUUUUCAUGUUUAUUUUUGCUAUUAUUGGGAGUGGAAGUGAGGGAUGGGAAGCGUGUGCGCGUAUGUAUGUAUGUGUUUAUACCACAAGUAAUCCACAGGAGAAAUGGAAUCAAAGAGCAUUAUGCAGUCCUUUAAAAAGACAGUGCCUGCUUUUCCCUGUAAUUGCAGUUUACUGCUUAUGGUGUGUUUUCCCAACAUAAGUUCGUUGGGUUUUGGUUUUUGGGGGGUUUUUUUUGUUUUUUUUUUUGUUUUUUUUUUAAUUUUAUCACCUAUUGCAAGUUCACAUUGCCACAAACUGCAAAGGGAUCCGCUUUCCUGAUUGCCCUCUUGCUGCCAGAGAGCUUGCCUUGCUGUUUGACAGAUAAUUCCACACAGAUCCUUGCUUCGUCACUGUCAAACAGCAGUGCAGCUAAUGCAGAGUCAUUUGCUACCUUUUGGGAAUUAUGGAGAUACUCAGAUGCUGAAUUGCAGAAAAAUAAUCCCACACCCAAAUUUUUAAGUUUCGCUAGUCCAAAGCAGUCCAGAAACUGCACUGACACAUAAGGCAUUUUUUAGCAUUUAUUCAUUUAAGUUAAAACUUUCUGAAAUAUUUUGAGGGCCAGGCAAUACAAGAGGAAUGUUUCUAUAAAUACUAUUAAUUUGGUCCUUUCCACCUGUUUCUGUAUUGUUGGCAAGGAACUGUAGGCUGAAGUCAAUUAAUGACUUUUGGUCAAACUUUUCAAAUUGAUGGCAGGCAAUCACAUGCCUUUUCAUAUUUUUCUGCUCGUUGUGCAGACUUAGCUCUUGUAGCAGAGCACGGUGCUUUGCCCUUGAUGGUCACUGUCCAGUCAGUAUGCUUUCCGUAAUAGUUAUUCCUUAUAAUUAUAUCAGGUAGAGUUUUCCCUUCAUGGCUUGAUGUAUUGGGUUUUUUAAAGUAAUGUUGCUGGGAGAGCUUAAUGAUUUUCAUCACAUUGUCUGCUAGCAUUCAACUUGCAUUAAUUAUUUUUCUUUUUUACAGCAAUGUAAACCCUGUGAAUAUAGGUGAGAAUAUGAUGUUUGUAGAGCUACUUCUGUUCCUUGAACUGUAUUUAUGCUGCUUAUGGAAGCAAUAUAAGUUGCUAAUAAACACUGAAUAAGCAUAUGGAAAUGAAAAAAAUAGGGCUUGCAAAAUACCAAAAGAAAAGCCAAAAAAAGGAAACUUUUGGAAGCACCUAAGAGAGUCAAUAUCUGUCAUAAGCCUUUGAAAAUUUUACCGUCAAUGUUAGGAGCAGUGGUGACUAUGGGUAGUUUGGACUUAGUGCUGAUGGACAGGUUGAUCAUAAAGAGAAGUGGUAUGAUAACCACAUUAGUUUCCAACUAGUGAAGUUCAAGUUGUUUUCUGCUGCUGACUUGUGGAGAGAAAAUAAGUAUUCCAUAUUGGGCAUAUUUUACAUCUUGUGACAAAAAAAUCCCACCUUGCUGAAAAAAAUGUAGCUUCUCAUGUGACUAGCCUGGGAAAAAGGCCAGUGACAUGUGACUUUCCUCUUAACAUGAAAAUGUACUGAAGCUUGCAGUGCAGAAUAUUUACAAUACUUUUGGGAAGACAAUGGACAUCUGUUAAGAUGCUACUUACGGAUUUGAUGGAACUCAGCUGUUCCGUGACAGAUUUCCAUUACGACCUUGUGCAAGUUGCCCAACACUGGAUGGUUUUGGGUUUUGUUAACUUAUUUAAGCCUCUAAACACUUUUUUGUGUUAAACAUGUUUGGAAAUAUCCCUGGUUACAUGCAGUCCGGAAUUCAAAAUAUAUGUAGAGGCAAUCAGGUGGUCACCUUAUAAUAUGUAUGAUGGUGUUAGCUUUCCUCUCAGGUGUGAGGACAAAUGUCACAGAGCUGUGAUGUUCUCAGAUCUGCUGCUGCUGAGUACUGUAGAUGAGUACCUCCAUUUCCAUCUUCUCCAGAUGUGAGGGGAGGCUUAAGAAAUUUCUGUGCAAACUUUCAAGCUGGCAUAUGUAGUUUCAUAUCUAACAACUCCUGAGCUGUCACAGUGCCAUAUAAUCUUAAAAAUUUUCAAACUCCUUUAAUUAAACACAGUAUCAGAUUUUCUUUUAAAUCUGUACUGACUUCUGUGGGAGGGCCAAUGGCAAAUUGUUUUGAGUUACCACAUCUUUGUAGUUCCUGUUCCACAGCCAUUUUGCAGGGUCCUGUUCCAGGUCUGCUGGGAGUGGUGUGGUUAAUCCUCCCGGUGCUCUAAAUUAUCUGAAUCAGCUCCAGCUGUCAGACAACAUCCCAUUUUGGACUCAAUACCUGUCCAGGGAAUUGGGUCUAUCUUCUGUGCAGUUCUCCCUGGUUUUCCUAAUCAGUUACCACAUAUAUUAAGAUAUGCUAUAGCCUUAUGCAGAGUUUCACAUGUAAUAUAUUGACUUCCUUCCUUUCAAAGUUUCUUAAUUAGCCACAGCACUAGCAAAAGUUUUAGGUACUUUAGAAUCACAAACAUGGUGGAACUAAAGUUUCCAAGGAAUAAAUACUGGUUUUUUAAUGUUGUUUGUUGUUGGAAUGUGUGUAAAAUAACACACAAAACCUCAAAAUAUAUUCCUUUUGGAAAUUGUCUUUCAUGACUCUUUCCUGCAUAUUACAGAAAAACAUUCUCUGAAAUCCCUCCUCCUGUCCCCAGCAGAGCAUUGCUGUUGGAGCUAGCUAGUUUUUUACUGGUGAUGUACCAGAAGCAUUAGUGAACUAAGUGCCUGGUCCAUCAAGUGAACCUAAAGAACUUCCUCGUGGUCUGCGACUCAGAGCUAAUCCAGGAUGUCUGCUAAUACAGUUUUGCUUCCCAAAUGUACAAGGACAAGAGUCUUCUGCAAUGCAUUUGCAAUGCCAACAGAUCAGAGGGAGCUGACCCAGUGUUUAGAGGUGCUUGCCAUUCGAGCUGGUGAGGCAUCAGUUGAAGACUUUUUCUGUCCUUCACAAGGCGUGUGAGCUCUGAGACCACCUGCCUCAGAAAAACAAGAUGUACCGUACUGCAGACUUAAAGAAAACUUCACACAGGACAACUAACCUCCUAUGAGAGACUUGCGUAGUUGCUAUCUGAAAGCUUCUAAAUGAAUUUCUUGAAAUCAUUAAAUAGAAUUUGCUGAUAAGGUUGGCAGGUUCUUCAUUUUCUGCCUUUUUCCUUUCUGCUCUUUUGUCCUAUGAAUUUGCUUUCCUGGUGGAGCAAUUUUUUUUUUCUUUUACCUUUAAGGACUGCACAUGAGUAAAAGUCUGCUGUCUCUACAGCCUCUUCCAGCCUCUCUACUUUUGUGGUUUGAAUUCAUUCCCAGUGAUUGGGAAUUAAGUGUAAAGCUAUUCCACAGGGCUGUUUCCAAGAUUUAUGUAAAGCACAGAGAACAGGGUAUGUACUAAAUACUGAGUUAAUGGGCUGGAAUUGUGGAAAGGAGACCUUAGUUUCUUUCUGCCCUGAGAGUAACAGUUUGCAUGCAGUAUUACAUACCUGAAAAGUCUGGAACGAAGUAAAUGCUGUGGCAUGUCAGGGUAAGGUGAAGGCAGAAAUAAAAUGAAAGGAUCUACAUAUAAGGAAAGCUUCUUUCACCCACCAGCUAACAUAAAAUAGGGAAACUGAUUUGAAAUCUCAGCUCCCCAGUCUUCCUGCACGGUAAGUUUUGCCCUGAAUUGCAAAAAGGCCUCGUACAGAAUUACGCUCUGCCUCAGCUGUGUCAGGUAAUGCUUAUCACGCAGAAGAGCUUUCUGAAGUGCUUUGAACAAUGUCUCUGUAGAGUUGGCACAGAUGAAAUGAAUGUGUUUGGGGAUCCUGGUGCUUUUUCAUUUCAAGAUCUUUUACCACUUUCCUGAAUUUAGUUGAUCAUGCACAGCCUACGUCAUGGAUGAUGCUGUUCGUGUAUCUUACUUUUUUUGCUGUAUAGCUUAC